UGGGUGUAGUCUCUGUCUGUCUUAUCUCAUAAUCUCAAUUUUCCAAUUUUCUUCUUUCCUCUCUUCGCAUACUCCUUCCUACACCCCUCACCUUCGUUCAUUCCCCAUCCUCUUUUCAACUCUCUUUCCCAUUCUCGUAAAUUAGGGUUUUCUCACGCCCCUUUUCUUCACCGAUUUUUGGAGAAUCUGCUUUUCUUAAUGUUUUGCUCUUUGUUGCUUGGGUUCGCCACUGGACCAUAAAAUGCUCCUUGGGAUUUGAAUGUUCCAAUAUUUGUUCUGCGGUCUUCGCUUUUCGUAUUACGGUUCCUUGUGUUUGAUGCCCGAAUAUUAAAUAGGAUGAAAGGUGUUAGAGAUUGGAUUUUCUCUCAAAUGCUGUCCAAAUCACUGGUCUCGCCUACACCAUUAUCUGGCAGUAAUAGUUUCUAUGAUGAAGAGCAUCAGGAUGAAGAUUUUAAUGAGCAAGGUUUGGCUCGCUCAACUAGUCCGGUAGCAUCACCUGUUCUUUCUUACACAUCAAACUCUUCUUACGGUAAUCAGAGUAAUCAGCAUGGUUCCACCUUUCAGCAAGUGCCAGACACAGAAAUUUGUCAGUAUCAACAUAAUGCCAACAGAAGACGGAAGGAUACUUUGGCAAAGGUUGAGGAUCUUCAAGUUAGAUUCUUCCGCGUACUCCAACGCCUUGGUCAAUCACAAGAAAAUCUCUUGGUCGCUAAGGUUCUUUAUCGGUUGCACCUGGCAACUUUGAUUCGUGCCAAGGAAUCUGAUCUGAAAAGAGUUAACCAUGGUAGCAGUAGAGCCCGAGCAAUAGCAAGCCAACAGGAGCCUUCUGGUAUGCCCCAAUUGGAUUUCUCCUGCAGAAUACUUGUCCUUGGUAAAACAGGAGUUGGUAAAAGUGCCACCAUAAAUUCUAUAUUUGAUCAAGCAAAAACCAUCACUGAUGCUUUUCAACCUGCUACUAAUUGCAUCCAAGAAAUUGUGGGAACUGUCAAUGGGCUUAAGAUAACGUUUAUUGAUACCCCAGGUUUCCUGCCUUCCUCCUCUGGCAAUUUGAAGAGAAAUAAGAGGAUCAUGCUUUCUGUAAAGAGAUUCAUUAGAAAGUCCCCUCCAGAUAUUGUUUUGUACUUCGAACGGCUUGAUCUUAUCAAUGCUGGUUACAGUGACUUCUCACUAUUGAAACUUGUAACUGAAGUAUUUGGUGCAGCAAUUUGGUUCAACACCAUCAUUGUCAUGACUCAUUCUUCUUCAGUUAUUGCAGAAGGACCUGAUGGGUAUACUAUUAAUUAUGAGUCAUAUAUUUCUCAGUGUACUAAUAUAAUUCAGCAGCAUAUACAUCAGGCGGUGUUAGAUUCUAGACUUGAAAACCCCGUACUUUUGGUUGAGAAUCAUCCUCAAUGCCCAAAAAAUAUUAUGGGAGAGAAAAUUCUUCCAAAUGGACAGGUUUGGAGAUCUCAACUCUUGCUAUUUUGCAUUUGUACCAAAGUUCUGGGUGAUGUCAAUUCUCUUCUGAAGUUUCAGAACAGUGUGGAAUUGGGACCAGCAAACAAUGCCCGAAUUCCUUCUCUGCCCCAUCUCCUUUCAUCCCUUUUACGCAAUCGCCCCGUAUCCAAUCUAAAUGGAAUUGAUGAUGAAAUUGAGGAUAUUUUACUCUCAGAUAAGGAAGAAGAAAAUGAGUAUGAUCAACUUCCAUCCAUACGAAUCUUGACAAAAUCUCAAUUUGAAAAAUUGCCCAAGCCACUGAAAAAAGAUUAUCUGGAUGAAAUGGAUUACAGGGAGACACUUUACUUAAAGAAACAGUUGAAAGAAGACUAUCGUAGGCGCAGAGAGAAACUACUCUUAACAAAGCAAAAGUUUUUGGAGAGUGAUAACCCUGAUGAUCAACAGGCCCCUGCCGAACCUGUUAUGUUACCGGAUAUGGCUGUUCCGCCAAGUUUUGACUCAGAUUGCCCCAUCCAUAGAUAUCGUUGCCUUGUUUCUAAUGAUGAAUGGCUUGUAAGACCUGUUCUUGAUCCCCAAGGAUGGGAUCAUGAUGUGGGCUUUGAAGGUAUAAACUUGGAGACGACUACAGAAGUAAAGAAGAAUGUAUAUGCCUCAGUUGUGGGACAGAUGAACAAGAACAAGCAGGAUUUCAGUAUUCAAUCUGAGUGUGCUGCAGCAUAUUUUGAUCCAUGGGGCCCUACUUAUUCUUUGGGUAUUGAUGUGCAAUCCACUGAAAAAGAUCUGGUGUAUACCGUUCACAGCAACACAAAGUUGAAAAACAUAAAGCACAAUAUUACUGAUUGUGGUGUUUCUUUGACAUCUUUUGCUAAGAAGUACUACGUGGGUGCAAAACUUGAGGAUACUGUUUUAGUUGGGAAGAGAUUAAAAUUUGUCUUGAAUGCUGGCCGCAUGGAGGGUUCAGGACAAGCGGCAUAUGGGGGGAGUUUUGGAGCUAGUUUACGAGGGGAAGAUUAUCCUGUAAGAAAUGACAAUUUAAGUUUGACAAUGACAGUUCUCUCUUUCAAUAAAGAAACUGUGUUGAGUGGAAGUUUACAAUCGGAGCUCAGGAUAAGUCGAAGCUUGAGGGCAUCCGUUAGUGCUAAUAUAAAUAGUCGUAAAAUGGGGCAAAUAUGUAUAAAGACGAGUAGCUCUGAGCAUUUGCAAAUUGCCCUGGUUGCAGUUUUCUCGAUUGUCAAAGCCCUAUCACGUAGAAAGGCCAAUAAGAACGUGGUGAAAGAAGUAAUUGACUGAGGUUGGUUCUGGCUGUUUACUGGCAACCAUAUCUUUUUUGUUCAAGGAAGACGUGAAUGCGGUGAGGCAUUCUACAUACUGAACAUAGUUAUUUUCCGCUUUUACCCUGCAAAAGCAAGACAGAAAGUUAGAAUUGGAAUUGUUUUUUAAUGAAGAGGUUAGCUGGAGUUUUCUUUUCCGUGAUACUUCAGAUGCCUGUUUUCGAUAAUCUCUUAGGUAAGGCUGGCAUCGUGAACCUAUUUGUCUACAGAUUGUAGUUCAAUAAUUAUUAUCAGCGAUCUUCAACAGCCUUUGAUAUUCAUUUCUAGUAAAAUGAAAUCAUAACUGUACAGUAAAGCACAGAAAAAUGUCUGGCUUUUUUUUAUCCUGUGAUUGUAUUGCUCGCCGUUGUCUACCCGGAAUUAUGGCAACGUGGAAAAUGUUAAUGAAGCUUUGGCUACAUUGUAAACAUAAUUAUUAAUCUUGGAUUGCAGCACACAACCCUCGAUUCCAAAAAUGCUGCAGCGGUAUAACUCAUGAAGGGAUGAUUGAAAUUUUAAAAUUUUGUUAUAUAUAAUAUAUAAUACUAUUGCUCAAUUUACAUACCAUAAUGCUAACAAAUUAAAAUUUACUUGCAUAUUUAUAAUUACCAAUAGAAGGUCAAAGUGUACAAGAAAAUAACAUUAAAAAGUGAAGGAAGCAAAAUAUCUUGGAAGUCUUUGAACAUUUGAAGGGAUUCCCUAGUCUAUCGUGGGAGGAGGAGAGAACAGAGGAAAGUGGAAGGGUGCUGUGUGGGAGGGGAAUAAGUUGUAUUUUUGUCCAAGUAAAUAUGUAAAGUAAGAAAGUAUGAACUGUAUCUACCAUUGAAGGUGAAAAAUUAAUGAUCCACACACUUGCAAUUUUAUUUUAUACAUUUACUUAUUUUCUAAAUCAUUUAUUUAUUUAUUUUCAGAAGGAACACAUUGGACGUCUUUCAGUUGUAACUAUCAUUUUUGUUCACGAAUACAUUUCCUUGAGAUGCUAGUCUAACUUGGGAAUUGCCUAGCUUUCCGUAACCUGGUAAGAGUGCACAGUAAACUAUUGAUCUCACAAAUUUGAAGACGUGAUUCCGUUUGAAUAAUGCCUGUGAAAUAUUGUGUGUGAAAGAUUCAACUUCUAAAAUGUGUUUUAAUUCCCCUCCCCAAAAAAUAAUUGUUUGUUAUCAUUGAAAUAUGAUAGAUUCAAAUUUAGUGGAGUGAAAUUGUUUUAUUUCAAUCCACUUCAACAGUGUGGUUGAGCUGAAAAAAAGAGAGAUGAAAUUGUUUAAUUUUGUUGAAGCCCCUACUGUAGAUUUCCUUACCUAGGUUGCCCUGAAAUGAGAUGAAUCACUGAAAUCAUUAUUGCUGUCCCAAUUUUAUUCUUGUUAAAAAUCUUUAAAUACAUUUUUAUUAGGACUAUUAUGAAUUUUUUUAUAUUUUAAUUGCAUUGUUUUUAUUUCACAUUUCAAAUCAAGGUAAUGUAUUCCGUUCUUUUAAAGGUUUAUAUUAUUUUAAAUUCUCAUAUAAGUUACUUGUUAGAAUCACUCCAAAAAUUGUACUGGGUUUAACCAUUAUUAGAAUGCUUUAUCAUGUGAGUUUUUCAUGUGGAAAAAUAUCCAGAUGCGCCAAAAUUGUAGUUGGGGAUUUGUAAUCAAUCGGCUGGCCUCAUGUGGUUGUGAAACUAAGAUUGACUUUGAAUUGACUCUUCUUUUUCU